GAGAGAAAAAAAAUCGCCAGCGGUGAGGACGUCUUUACUUCAUCAGCAGGUGCCACAAGAAGAAGUCCGACAAUCAAGGCCAUGACCACUCGAACCCAAUGGAGGGCCCUGCUGGCCCUCCUGUGCACCGUCUGGCACUUGGGCUUUGCUACCAAAGUGGCUCCCUCAGCCCCCCCAGAGCAAGCCGUCACAUUCAGCCACGUCUAUAAUAUUGACGUUCCGGGGGUGUCCGCUUGCAAACUGGAGGCGAGCCAGGAUGAAAAAGGUCUGCAGACGGCGAGCGCAACGAAUGGCGAGAACGACAUCGUCUUCAGGCACAACAUCAGGUUGCAGUCGCCCACGUGUGACUGCGGGGAGUCCGAGAGCUUUAAAUCGCUCCUGUACAGAGUGAACGGCUUGGAAGAGGAAGUCAACUACCUCAAGAGCCAGUGUGCUCAGGGAUGCUGCGGCAAUGGAGCAGGCGUAGACUCGAGUUGCAGCGGGCACGGCACCUACCAGCAAGACACAUGCAGCUGCUUCUGUUACCCAGGCUGGGAAGGCCCGGACUGCUCCGUGUCCUCCUGCCCGGACGAGUGCAACGACAACGGCCGUUGCGUGGAUCGCAAGUGUAUCUGCCAUCAGGGCUACACGGGAGAAGACUGUAGCCAGCUCAUGUGCCCCGACAACUGCAACGACAAGGGCCACUGCGUGGAUGGAAAAUGCGUGUGCUUCCCACACUUCACCGGCGACGACUGCAGCGUCCGCAAGUGUCCCCGCGAGUGCAACCGCAACGGCCUUUGUUUUGACGGCCAGUGCGUCUGCGACCAGGGUUUUUACGGGGAGGACUGUUCAUUAGUGCUCAGUCCUCAAGGUCUGAGGGUGGUCCAGACCACUGACGUCUCCGUCCUGGUCCAGUGGUUGCCGGUUCCUGGGGCUGAUUAUUAUGUUUUAACCUAUCAUCCCCGAGGUCAGGGGAGUUCCUUGAAGCAGGUCCGUGUUCCCAGCACGGAAAACUCCCAUCUCAUCACAGGCCUGACUUCUGGGCUUAGCUAUUUUGUUGAAGUCCACGCUGUUAUCAGAGGCAUCCAAAGUGGAGCAGAGGAAAUUGAAGCCACCACUGGUGUCUCAACAGUCAACGACAUCCGAGUUCUUGACCGGACAGACGUCUCAAUCCAGGUGGAUUGGCGCAACCCCCAAACUGAGGUGGAUCACUUUCGCCUCACGCAUACGCACCCAUCAGGUCAGGAGGCGGAGCUGAAUGUAGCGAGAAGCCAAGAGGCGAGAACCAAACACACCAUCGUGGGUUUGUUUCCGGGAACGGAAUACUUGAUUGCAGUGCAGGCCAUCAAAGGAGCGGUGAAGGGCAACUCUUCUUCCAUCGCAGCUUCUACAGACAUCGACGCCCCGACAAACCUGAUCACCACUCAGGUAGCAGAGGACACCGCCACAGUUUCUUGGGACCCGGUGCAGGCCCAAAUCCAAGGCUAUAUGUUGACGUACACCUCGGAUGCGGGCUCCAGCGGCGAGAUCCCCGUUGGGCGCGACAUGACUUCGUACCGACUGGUUGGCCUAAAGCCUGGUGUGGUCUACACCAUUGAAAUCUGGGCCUUCAGGGGUGAUAAGGUCAGCAGGAAGACUUUCACCGUGGCUGAGACAGAGAUGGACGCUCCCACUAACCUCAUGGCCCAGGAAGAAACAGAGAGCAGCUUCAAAGUGUCAUGGGAGAGCGUCCAAGCGGAAAUUGACGGCUACAAGCUAACGUACCGUUCUUCUGACGGCUCGAGCGAGGAAAUCCCAAUUGGGCCUGACAGAAGUUCUCACACGAUAAAGGGUUUGAGGCCUGGGGUUACCUAUACAGUCCACAUCUGGGCUGUCAAAGGAAACCAAGCCAGCAGAAAGAUCUCAACACAAGCAGAAACAGAAUCCGAUGCUCCCGCUAACCUCAUAGCCCACGAUGAGACCGAGAACAGCUUCAUGGUGUCGUGGGACGGUGUCCAGGCAGAAAUCGACGGCUACGUCCUCACCCACCACUCCUCGGAGGGCUCCGGCGACGAGAUCUCUCUGGGGCCGGACAUCAAUUCCUACAUCCUGACGGGCUUGAGGCCCGGCGUGGUGUACACGGUCUACAUCCGGGCCAUCAAAGGAAGCAGAGCCGGCCGAAAGAUCUCCACACAAGCAGAGACAGAGCUGGACGAUCCUGCUAACCCUAUAGCUCGAGACCAAACCGAGAGUGGCUUCAGGGUGUCCUGGGAUGGCGUCCAGGCAGAAAUCGACGGCUAUGUCCUCAGCCACAGUUCCUCGGAGGGCGCGAGCGGGGAAAUCCGCGUCGGUCCCCAAAGUCAUUCUCACAGUCUGACCGGUUUGAGGCCAGGCGUCGUCUACACUGUCUACAUCUGGGCCGUCAAAGGAGGCAGAAGCAGCAGGAAGAUCUCAGUGCAAGCGGAGACAGACAUUGACGCUCCAAAGGACUUGCAGGCUUUGAGUGUCACCACGGAGUCGGCUCAGUUGACCUGGGCUGCACCUUUCGCUGACAUCGAGGGCUACAUCCUAACCUACAGGGACGAGGAUGGCAACAUGGAGACUGUUGAGAAGCAGCUUGGAGCCAGAGAGACCAGCUUUGUCAUGUCUAGCCUCCAGAUGGCCAAGAGCUACAUAGUUAGCAUCAUGGCUUAUCGAGGAAACCAGAGGAGCAAAGCGGUGGAAAUCGUCUUCAAAACAGUUGGCCUCCUCUACCCCUUCCCCAUGGACUGCCUCCAGAUCCUGAAAAAUGGCAUCAAAAAGAGCGGAGUCUACACCGUAUACAUCAAUAAUGACAACUCCAAACCAAUAGAAGCCUACUGUGACAUGGAUACCGAUGGAGGCGGCUGGCUGGUCGUGCAGCGUCGCACCACCGGCAAACUAGACUUCAUGAAACGCUGGAGGCCGUACGUGGCCGGUUUCGGCAACGCGACGGAUGAGUUUUGGAUCGGGCUGGACAAGAUAUACCAGAUGACCAACACGCCCAUCCGCUACGAGGCGAGGUUCGAGUUGGGCCUGGGGCCCGAGAGGGCCUACGCCGUCUACGACAACUUCAAGAUCGCCAGUGCCAGGCAAAAGUUUGCGCUCACCGUCGGCAACUACAGAGGGACAGCAGGUGACGCCAUGACCUACCACCAAGGUCGGCCGUGGACGACCAUCGACUCGGAUAACGACAUCGCCCUGGGCAACUGCGCCCUUACGCACCGCGGGGCCUGGUGGUACAAAAACUGUCACCUGGCUAACCUCAACGGCAAAUGGGGAGACAACAGGCACAGUCUGGGGGUCAACUGGGAGCCGUGGAAAGGCCACCUGGUGUCCCUGGACUUCACCGAGAUGAAGAUCCGGCCAGUGGGAGCGUUCUCCAGCAGGAAGAGACGAUCGUUGUUGGCCAGAGAGAAGAGCCGACACGAUGCCGUCCACCACCCGGAGAAGUAGAAGAGACGCAUAUCGUAGUCAGCCUUGACUUAUUAAGAAUUUGCUCAGACUUCAUCAGUUGGGAAUUUGUUAGAAAACGUUUUGUUUUCACCGUUUUUGUCAAAAAUACAUCAGAGCGGUCGGUCUGCUUGUUAAAAGUUUUGAAUUGAAUUCAUUUUGCUCCAUUUGGUUUCAAGGUUCCUCUCAAGUCUGGUCGUUGAGUAACAUGCAAGUACUUCUGAUGAUUCCCAACUCUUAUUGAGCCAAGGCACAAAUUUGACAUCAGAAAAAUGUCAUGGCACCAAAGAAAAAUGUCCCAAAAAUGAAAUGAGUCGAUCCAGAAAUAACGAUGAUCUCAUCCCAGUUGAGUUGAACACGUAUUUUCUUGUAUGUGUGGGAUCAGGUUGACACAGUUGUAACUUCUGCCAUCUCAAUUGAAUUGUUUUGUCUGUCUCUAUAUUUCUGUGGCAUUGAUGGAUGUGGAGAAACGCUAGGUCAGACAAACCUAACCCUAACCCAUUACGAAUGUUGUCGUGGAUCACAACAAAAUCAAACGAUUGUCAAGCCGAUUUUCCACCAAUGAUUGGAUCUGCCUUUAUCUUAUGUUUUUCAUUUGUUUUCUUAGGAAGCGAUACAAGAUUUCCCCCAAUGUUAAUGAGUGUUGUCAUAUUAAACUGAAUGAAAUAAAAAACAUUUCUAUC